AAUAAUAAGUAACACAAACCUUCAAAACUACUUCUUGGUUUUCGAUCGUCUUGAGUUUAAUUAAGUUUUUGAUUGAGUUAGUCUCCACUAAGAACAUAUAUAUACAACAAUGGCCGAAGGAGGACAGCUUAAACCAGUGGCGUCUUUUCUUUUGGUGCUGAAUUUCUGCAUGCACGUCGUGCUCUUGGCCAUCGGCGGUUGGGCUAUGAACAAAGCCAUUGAUCACGGCUUCAUCAUUGACACCGGACUUAAGCUCCCGGCGAAUUUCUCUCCGAUAUUCUUUCCGAUGGGGAAUGCGGCCACCGGAUUCCUGGUCACAUUUUCGCUGAUCGCCGGAGUUGUUGGAGUGGCAUCUGUCAUUGCCGGAGCAAACCACAUCCGCCGUUGGAACGUUACGAGCAUGCCCGCCGCUGUUUCUGCCGCCGCUAUUGCCUGGGCUCUCACUGCCCUUGCCAUGGGGUUCGCUUGGAAAGAGAUUGAGCUAGGCUUUAGGAAUGCCAAGCUGAGAACAAUGGAAGCAUUCACAAUUAUCCUCACUGUUACCCAGUUGCUGUACAUAGCAGCCAUCCAUGGCCCUGCAAGGGCGCAAUAAUAUAACAUCGAGCAACCAUAUAUUAUACUAUCCCCCCAUGUAUAUUGCAUAUUCAAAUGAAUUGUCAUCACCGUCAUCAUUAUUUUUUUUAAUUUGGUUUGGUAAUAAUUAAAUUGAGUGCAGUGUGAUUGAUUUACUAAACUCUUUUUCAUUUGGUUGUACCUUAUAUAUCUUAUUUUUCGAUUAUUACUCCGUAUUAUUUUUUCUAUUUGAUUCUUCAUCGUUUAGUUCAAUGAAAACAUAUAUGUACU